CAAAAUCAUUAUACCUUUGGCGGUUAAAUGGUGUGCAAAGCUGUUCGCAUAGUUCGAAGUAAAGAUGCUGAUUUUCGCAAUUUUGACUGCCUCUUUGGCCAGUGGGUUGGCUGUAAAUGCAACGUUUCACAAAGUUGCUGAACCGAUAGACGACCACUACAUCAUUGUAAUGAAGUCUGGAUAUGACGUGGUUCCGAUCAAGAAUCUCAUCCUGGGAGAUCGUUCAGGAAUCUUCAGUGGUGCUACCGUCAAGCACACCUACACCAAGGCUAUCAAAGGCUUCUCCGCUAAACUCUCCAAGAGAGCUGUAGAAAAGCUGCUAGCCCGGGAUGAGAUAAAGUAUAUCUGUCAGGACGGGGUGGUCAGGGUCUCGACCGUGGCACAAUGGGGCUUGGACCGUAUUAGCCAGCGACCACUGCCUCUUGAUGGAGAUUACAAUUUCACCGGAAAUGGUUCCGGGGUCAAUGUUUACGUCAUCGAUACAGGCAUCUAUGAAGAUAGUAUGUACUUUGGGGGACGCGCCAAAGUGGCCUACGAUUCCACUGAUUCCAAUAGUUCAUAUGGCAUAGAUUGCGACGGCCAUGGGACCCACUGUGCCGGUACCAUUGGGGCAGAGAUAUUUGGAGUUGCCCCGGGUGUUAAUCUCUUUGGAGUACGUGUUCUAAUUGGCUGCAAAAAAAACGGUACAACUGCCGAUCUCAUUGCAGGCUGUGAUUAUGUGGCGAAAUCAUCCAAGAAGCCGGCCGUGGCUUCCAUGUCACUAGAACACGGGACACAUCGGGCUGUGGAUGAAGCUGUCCGGGGAAUCAUCGAUGCCGGCAUCACCACGGUAGUGGCGGCUGGUAAUAACAACACUGAUGCCUGUUUGUUCUCACCGGCCGGAGUCAAAGAGGCGAUAACCGUGGGUGCUACAUUUCUCAACGAUCGUCGAUAUUCUUUAUCUAAUUACGGAACCUGUGUUGAUGUCUUUGCCCCUGGUGUUGGAAUCCCAAGUGUGUCAAUAUAUGGUGAAGAGGUUGUACAAGUUUAUAGUGGAACAUCGAUGGCUUGUCCUCACGUUGCAGGUGCUGUAGCUAUCGCUCUCGGUAACUCUAAGGGAAUGUCUCCUAGCGAUCUCAAGAGGAAGAUCAUAGGUGACGCAACUACGGGCGUGGUUGAGGACGCUCGACCCGGUUCUCCGAAUCGUCUCCUCUAUGUGCCAUAGGAACCCGAGGAACCCGCCCAGCAUCGUAUGGCACUAGACCGGUUCUAAAUUAUUUAGCACACGUUACAAAAUAAUAAUCUCGAAUAUUACCACGCCUUCAAGCUUUUCAAUUAUAUGGCAAUCCUAGAGGGCGUACUUGGAAAGUAGUAUUGUUAACCUGAAUGUACCUACCCUCUAUUUUAAAUAAAACUUGAAUAAACCUUGUUCAAGGUUAUCUAAUAUUGAUGUUGAUUUUGAUAUGUAUAAGUAAUUUACUUUGAUUAUGUAAUAAUCAUAAUACUUGUUCAUUAUCAUGACUAUGUUUUAAUUCAUUUGUAAUAUUGUAAAAGACCAUGACAAAUAAAUAAAUCAAAUCAAUUAUAUAUCCACAGAUAUUUUAAACUUGGUGUAGUUCCAAUUUGGGUAUCUUAGAAUAAUCACUUUUGUAUUCCCCCGUAUUCUGUUUAUCCUUCUUAUUUUGUUAUCAUUUCUUCAUUUCCCCGCCUUCUCCCCUCUUGCAUCAUAUGUCAUUAGCAAUUCCUACUUUUUCUUCAAUUCGUCUAACACGUUGCAAUAUUGAUUUCAUUACACCUGCCGGAUAUAUUAUAUUGCAGCAACGAAUAGAUGUAUUGUUCAUUGACUUCAGUAUGCACUGUCAGCAGGGGCGGCGAUUUCUUGGGGGGACGAAAUGCGAUGAGCAUC